AUGGCGACAGAGUUCGUUGACUGCGCGACUCCUGGCCUCAGCGGUGGAAGGCGCCAAGACGAAGCGCGCGCGGCCUUUGUGGCAGCGGCCCCGCUGCGAGCGCAGGACGAGGACCUGGCAGACUUUCACCUGCGCAUUCCUCUGCGCGCUGCGCGGCCGUCCAAGGGCUCCAGGCCGGUUUCGGCAUCAUCGGGAAGCACGGAGACCACGGCAGUGCCGAGCUGCUCUCUGUCCUCUCGGUCGGCUUCGGCACGCAGGAGGAGCGAGACGAGCCAGCCGGCGUCCAGCCCCGGUCCAUCUCGACGGCCGAGCUCAGCAAGGAGCUCGGUCUGUGCUGUCGGUGCUGUCGAUGCAGGCCCUGGAAGGUCUGAGUCGGCUCAGAAUUCUCAGACGGUCCGGUCCAGGCCCAGUUCCGCUCCAGGCAGGAGGCAUGUGACGCCCCCUGCCUGCGGCUCCAUCUACUAUUCGUUUCGUGACCAGGAAACACAUCCAGGGCCUGGCCAUUACCAGGCCACACCUCCAGCUCCGCCUGCCAAGCCAAGCAGUUGGGCCAUGAGCGGCACUCUCCAGAAUGAGAUGGACUUGACCUGCUGCCGCAUGUACAACAACACGGGCCCAGCCGUUGCCAGCUAUUCUGUCGAGAAGAGCCCCUCGCAGAGACGGUCGCCAAGCUACAGCUUUGCAGGAGCCACCCCGGCGAGGUUUCGGACGCCGAGGCCGGAUUCCAAAGAAGCCACGGACGCCUGGCUUGCUUGGUCUCAGGCGCUUCGCCUCUCCCCGCGGCCAGCGGCAGCUUCUGUACCUCAGGCCUCCCAGCAGCGUGGGGACUAUGACAGCCUGGCUUGGCGACUGGGCGGUUGGCUGCAUCUGCCAACAGGCAGCGAUGCAGGGCCCACGCGACCCUCGAAGGUGGUGGAAGUUGCUCAAGUUCGAAAGCGCAGCCAAGCGCGAGCGAAAGAGUUGCAACAACUCCAGCGCAGCCGUCCAGCAGGCAAGCCAGGCUUUACUUUUGGGACCACGCGACGGUUCUGA